UGAUACGUGACGGCGCUGUUUAAUGGCAUUGCGUGCCACAUUCUAUCUACAAAAUUCUCCGGAUGCUUACUAUAUUUUAUGCUUUUGUAGAGUCCUCAAGCCGAAUCUUGGCCUGAGGCAGAGGUAGUCGGAAUAUAUCCGUCGAUUUGCCUGAAUUUCGCAGGGUGAAUUAAGAAAAACCUGAUAUCGCGCAGCUUUUGUUUGAUCGGUCUAAUACUAUUGGGCAUUUUCUGGGAAAUAAGACUUUUCACGGCCUGGUUCUUUGCAUGUCUGUGAUUGCCCACUGAUCAGGCUCUGGUUCAAUUUGCGGGAGACAUUUGGUGUCAAUCUUUGGAAAAUGGCGGCGUCUGCGAGCGUGGAUAUGGUGGACAUGGGCCGAGAUGGGGUCGCCCGUGUUGCCGGAAUUGCGUUUGAAGUUCAAGCGGCCGAGUGGAAUGAGAAUAAUGAUCAUAAUGUCAAUGGUAAUCAGAACAAUGGGUCGCCGCAAAGCGUGCCGAAGAGACUGAGGCGGCGGCUGAUGGAGGCGGUGGAGAAUAAACCCUCCACUCUGCAAGAAAUCGAAGCCAAGCUCAAAGAGGCUGACCUGAGGCGCCAGCAAUUUCAUGAGUGGCUGGCAAACAAAGCUCGUUCAAAGCCAAAAAGUCCUACACAUUCAGCUAAUCCUGAAUACUUGGCCCAGCGCCUUGAAGCCAAGUUAUCUGCCGCUGAGCAAAAGAGGCUGGAGCUUCUGUCACAGGCACAGAUGCGUUUGGCCAAGUCAGAUGAGCUUCGACAAGCUGCUAAAACAGAAGUGCAACUGCGUGCUGAGAGGGAGCGUGAGGAACUGGAAUCAAAAGUUGAAUCCCGUGUGCAGCAGGCAGAAUCAAACAGGAUGGCUCUUCUUGAAGCAGAGAAGCAACGGAGGGCUGCUGCUCAGGAGAGGAUGGCAAAUUCCCAUUUGCAGCGGAUGGUGCAGGAAGACAAAGAUAAAGAGCGCAAGGAAACACUUCAUGCGACCAUCUGUCAGAGAGUGGCAGCUGCAGAGGAGAAACGUUUGGGUAUUUUAGAAGCUGAAAAGACUCGUGCGCAUUUAUCAGUUAUGCAAGCAAGAAGGGUAGCCAAUUCUGUCUCUCUUCAGAGAGAGAUGGAAAUGAGGAAGCGAAAGGAGAAGCUGGAAAAUCGUUUGCAAAGGGCAAAGCGUAAGAGAGCUGAACUUCUGAGACAGAGAGGAAGAUUUGGAGGUGCCAGUCAUAUCAAUCGCCAUAAAAUGGUCAAGCAUGGGGAACGCCUGUCAAGAAAGCUAGCAAGGGUUUGGAGGCAGUUCCAGAGGUCUAGCCGCACAACCUAUACAUUAACACAAGAGUUUGCUGCAUGUGAAAUCAGCCAUUCUACUGUUAAUUCACUUCCUUUUGAGAAGUUUGCAGCUCGGAUACAGUCACUUGCCACAUUGCAGUCAGUUACAGCACUUUUAGCUCGUAUUGAGAGAUGGUUCAUGGCGUCACAACAUAGUGAUUCCAACAUUGCAAGCAUAGAUCAUCUGCUUAAACGAAUUUCUCUGGGAAAUAAGAGAACGCCCCCAAAUGGUAAUAGAGUUGCAAAGAGGACUGCUUCUCAAGGCUCUGUUAAAGCAACAAAUAGAAGUCAAAAGGAAAAAACUGACGAAAAGGAGCCUUUGAGGUAUCCUGCACGUGUCUUUCUUUGUGCAUAUAUGAUUUUGGGGCAUCCCGAGGCCGUCUUUAGUGGCAGAGGAGAGCGUGAAACUGCGCUUGCAGAAGCAGCUACUAGGCUUGUUCCAGAAUUUGAAUCCUUAAUCCAUAUUAUACUGGAUGGGCCCUCAUGCAGUCCUUAUUCAACAUCACCCUCUUUAAACAAAGAAGCUUGCAGUUGGGAUUUCAAAAGACCUCAAACAUCAAAUUCGCAGCGGCCAUUUGCAGCUCAGCUUGCAGCGUUUGAUGCUGCAUGGUGCUCUUACCUUUAUCAAUUUGUGGUAUGGAAAGUCAAGGAUGCUCAAUCACUUGAGGAAGAUCUGAUUAGAGUGGCUUGCCAGCUUGAACUUUCAAUGCUACAGAAGUGUAAGAUAACAUCAGGAGGAGAAGAGGGUAAUGUCAGCCAUGACAUUAAGGCCAUUCGCAGACAGGUUGUUGAAGAUCAGCAACUUUUGCAAGAUAAGAUUCUUCGGCUAAGUGGAAGUUCUGGAAUGGCAAGAAUGGGAGCAGCACUAUCAGAUGUACGAUCUAGAUUUAUGGAAGCAAAAGAAAAUGGGUCUCCCCUGCUCUCACCUUUUUCCCCUGCAUCAUUUCCAUCAUCUUCGACUUCCAUGGGUUGCCAAAAAAGGGUUAUUGGAAAACCAAAGAAGGUUGCUCGGUCACUAUUUAAGAGCAGACCUGAAACAGAAAACCCUGCAGAUGCUUCCGUGAAAUCCAGCAAUAGUUUGGGGGAUGCAGAUAAGAAAAAACUGUUGAAUGAUAAUGAGAUUAUGGUUAAUGAUAUUCUUCAUGACAGAAAUAGAACAUUUGCUGAUACUGUGUGUGGAAUGAAUAAGUCUUCAGAUGAAUUCACGGUGAAGAUUAAAUCCACAAUGGAGACAGCAUUUUGGGAUUGUGUUAAGGAGUCUCUCACAAGCAACCCUCCUGAUUAUGCGUGGGUUAUCAAACUGGUUGAAGAAGUCAGGAAUGAACUUGUUGCAUUAGUUCCUGUGAGCUGGAAGCAAGAAAUCCUUGACAGCAUUGACACAGAUCUCUUAUCUCAGAUAUUAGAGUCAGGAAGCCAAGACGUGGAGUAUCUCAGCAAGCUUUUGGAAUACUCAUUAGGUGUUGUGUUGAAACUUGCUAUUCCGGCAAAUGAUAAUGAAUCCAAAGCAAAGCACGGGCAAUUAUUUCAUGAACUAUCUGAUAUAGUAGUUGGAAUGGACAAGGAAACAAACAGUUCCUUUGCACAAGUAUUGGUGAAAGGUCUUCGCUUUAUUCUCGAGCAAAUUCAGGUGCUAAAGAAAGACAUAAGUGUUGCACGAAUCAGAUCAUUGGAGCCAUUGGUCCAGGGAUUGGCAGGUGUGAGAUACUUGCAAGAAGCAUUCACCACUCGCUGUGGCCCCUACUCAAGAGCAACAAGGAUGUUGCCUCGAACUGUUCAAUGGCUUACAUCUGUGCGGCAAACUGUGGAGCAGCAGAAAAGUGAUUUUUUAACUGCAUUAAUAGAUUUUAGAAAUAGCCAGCCUAGUGUGCUAAGCACACAUGCUUCGGGCUUGCCUCCAGUGACAUCACUUCGAACUGGUGGUCGAUUGGACCCAGGCAAAGGGUUGCCAACUAUUGCUGAUAACUCAGUAUUGCCUGCCUUCACAGGAUCUUUGGGUGGGACAGUACAGGAGAUCCAGUGGAACUCACAAGAAACAUUAGUAAGGCUAGGCUUACUGCAACUGACAAGCAAACCUGAUGCUGUAAAUGAGGAAACAAUGCCUGAAACACUGAAAUUGAAUGCUGGAAGGUUACAGAAAGCACAAAAUGAUUUUCAGCAUAUUAUUGUAAUUGCUACCAGCAUGUUGUUAGUGAGGCAGACUCUUACUGGAAAGGGAGUACCGGCUGCAGAGAUUGAUAGUGUUCUUCACGAUGUAGUUGAACAGUUGAAAGAUAUCCUGAGUAAUCCUGCUUUAUCCGUUCAUCACAUUGGCCGGUUGUUAUCUCAGCUUUGUAUGCCACUUGGGGAAAAUGAGGAAUCCAGCCAGGAACUGAUGACAAGGAUUCUAAACAGGAGUCUUUCUGUGGAUGAUGCUGUUUUUGUAAAGAUUUCAGCUGCAAUAAUUGCAGGUCUUCGAGCAAUACUACUUGGUGUGAAAGGUUUUGAAGGGCGUUCACUUGCACAGUUGGCUUUAAAGCGAAUUGGUGCUUCUCCUCUUGUUGACCUGCUUGCAGGGGUAGCUGAUGCACUUGAUGUCAUUGCAACUGUAACUUGUCAGGUCCAUGGUCCAUGGUAUGUAUGCAUAGCUGGGGAAAUCUGAUAAUUAUUUAUUUAUUCUGUACAGGGUUAUUAAAUACCAUAAUUCUGUGUAAUGACUCUGUAAGUAAACAUGCGAUCAGUGAUAGCUACAAUUAUUAUGAUGGAGCACUCACACAUGAAGGAGAAAGUAUCCUUAACGUGUAAUUUAACACACUGAUGAAGUGUUAUUUGGGCAAUCAACUCUUGUAUAUUCUAGUCUAUAAAUGUCUAUUGCCCAAUCUUGUAUAUUGAAGGAUGCAGACGUUUUUGUAUUGGAUAUAUGUUACAAUUAAGAGUUCUUAUGUUCAAAAUA